AUGGCUUGUGUUGCAUUGACUUCUCUCAUGGCUACCAUUAAGCUUGAAUUUUUGCAACCCAACCAAAGAGUGUCUCUUCUUCCUGAUGAUGAAAAACCAUUGAAAUCUCUGCUUCAGAAGCUUUCUUAUAUGGAAGGCUUUGUGAAGAAGGAAUACAAAAACGCUGUGGGUGGUGCUCCAAUCCGACGACAUCUGCUAAGCAAAAUCAGAGACUUUGCACUCAAAGCUGAAGAUGCCAUCGAAAUACAACUCACAAGCAUCCUUCAACUUCAACAAAAAGCUCAUCUCAGCUUGCAAGAAGUAGCAAAGGAGGCAGAAGAGUUGCUGAAGCUUAUCAACCUUCCGUUGAUUGGUUGGUCAGAAGCUGCAGCUUCUUCGCACCCUCACAACAUUGCGUCUUCGGGUGGAUCCUUGCAAUGCUCUCCACAGUUUGAGGAUAUAAUAAUGCUUUGUGGUGACUAUUUCCUUCAAUUGAGAAGGGAUCUUUUGCUUCAUAUGUUAUUUCCAGAACGAAGUGUACUCACAAUUGUUGGAGCCCCAGGCAUUGGAAAGACUACUUUAUGUAAAAAACUGUAUACAGACAAUAAGUUUGUAUCACGUUUCGACAUUCAAGCUUGGAUUACUAUUCCGCCAAGAUACAAUGGGAAUGUGCGACAACUCCUGUGCCACCUUAUUCAAUCAAUGAGGCCAACCCUCAACGAAGCAAUUGACAUGCUGCAGGGAAGCACUGUUUCUCAACUAAAACACCAACUGCACAAACACUUGAAGAAAGGCAAAAGAUAUUUCAUUGUUUUGGAUGAUGUCCCUAACACUCUGCUUUGGGAUGAUAUCCACCAUUGUUUUCCCGAUGACCCAAAUGGAAGUCUGAUAUUGCUAACCACUAUUUUCACUGAUGUGGCUGAGUACAUCAACGGCAAUAUCAUGAGCCUGCCUUACCUAAGUGACAAUGAGAGUUGGGUUUUAUUUUCCCACAGAUUAUCUCUUAAACAGCAUAUGACAUGUAAACUUGAAGAAAUUGCGAAGCAUCUUGUUGAGGAAUGCAGAGGAUUGCCGCGUUCAAUUGUUACAGUUGCAGACCUUCUAUCUAAAUGCAACUACACAUUGAAGGAAUGGAAAAAGAUUGAGAAAGAAUUGCUGUCAUUGGGAAUUCUGCAUAGAGAUACACAACACUCAAGUAAGCUUACUAGCAUUUUCAAUUGUUUGCCACAACAUUUAAAAGUUUGUUUUUUAUAUUUUGUGGUCUUUCCAAAACACAUUCAAAUCAAUGUGAAAAAACUUAUUCAGUUAUGGAUUGCUGAGGGGUUUGUGAAGCCACUGAAAUGUCUGCCAUUAGAAGAUAUAGGUUACAUGUAUUUAAGGUCUCUUAGAAGUAGAGGACUAGUCAGAACAAAUGAUGGGAACGAUUUGAGACCAAAGACUUGUGAGAUACAUAUUGACAUGCAUAGCUUUUGUGUACGAGAAGCUCAAAAAGAAGGUCUUUUAUGUGCAGUAAAUACUCAACAGUGUAUUGGAUGGUCAUUAGACAUACUCGCAAAUUCAUGUCGCUGGUUAAGUUUGCGCUCACAUAGUUUAGACUAUCAUGUGUUGUUUAGUUCAAAUAUUCCUCGCUCACUUUUCAUCUUUCAGGGAGGUUUUGAAAGGUUUAUACCCUUCAAACAUUUACGAAUUUUAGAUUUGAGUGAAUCUCUGAUACUCAAAAGAGUGUCAUUAUUGCCCUUGAGGAAUUUAGUUUUUUUAAGAUAUCUUUCCAUACCACAGUGGUUUGAGAGUUUUGAUGAUGCAGUAUCAAGUAAUUCAAAUUUGCAAACACUCACUGUUUCUGGCACUGGUGAAUCAACAUUUGGAGCACGUACUCUUCAUUUUUUGCCAUCAAAAAUCUGGGAGCUGCAACAUUUAAGGCAUCUCCAACUUGGGGAUAUGUAUAUGAUAGAUCCUCCAAACAUGGUUAUAGAGCAUUUGCAAACAUUAGUUUGUGCAAUGCCAAUUUAUUUCAGGAAAAAAGAAGUGUAUUGCAAGUUUCCAAGCAUAAGAAAACUGAAAGUUGUGUAUAAAGAUAUCUUAGUCCCUGGUUGCAGCGGUGGGCGAUGUUGCAUAAAUCCUAUAAUCAUUUUGGAGAAUUUUGAGGAUUUAUUGAUGUUGGAGACUCUAACGGUUAUUGUUCCAGUUGGUAGUAUAACUCUUUUAGAGCGGGUUGGUUUUCCUACAAAUUUGGAGAAGUUGAGGUUGAGUGGGACUAAUUUUGCAGUGAAAGUUUUAACAGUAAUUGGGCAGUUACCGAAGCUUAAGGUGCUGAAACUAGAGAAUGCUUUUUAUGGCAGAGUGUGGGAAAUGGUUGAAGGAGGUUUCCCUGAAUUAAAAGAGUUGGAGGUUGAAGCCGUAAAUCUUGAGCGAUGGGUGACCCAUACUAAUACUCAUCAUUUCCCAAAGAUCGAGAAGAUAUUCUUUAAACGUUGUUAUUCUCUAAAAGAUAUCUCUCUUUUAAGUGCAAUACAGCACCCGGUGUUGUCAAUUAAGUUGGAGCAAUGUCCUCCUUCUGUUUUCACUUCUGUGAAGAGGUAUAACAGAGUACUUUGCAUUAUUGUUGACGGCGAGACUUUUUGGGAGGAGGAAGAAGAAGAGGAAGAAGGGCAGUACACAGAUAAGGAAGAGUCCGAAGAAGAAGGAUAUGAUAAAGAAGUUGAGUUAGAUGAUAUCCAAGUAGUUAAGGAAUUUUCGGAUGUGUUCCCAGAGCAUUUACCUAGAUCACCUCCAAAUAGGGAAAGUGAGUUCGAAAUAGAGGUUGUUCUCAGAACUACUCCAAUCUCAAAGGCCCUUUCCGCAUGGCACCAUCUGAGCUAUCUUGUCCAACUGGCCUAUCAAUCCAUGCUGGGAUGUGAACGAUCUAAGGCUAUGGAAAAAUUCAAAGAAAUGUUCGAUAAUGUAUUGAGUGAAGGGAAGGUCUUUGUUGUGGCUACUUCUGAGUUGAAAGACUUUGUGUUUGGCAGAAGAAUUUUUCACUCCUUAGACUAUGAUGGUGAAUUUGCAAUUCCCUUGGGAGAAGAUGGAAACAUUGCUUCAUUGAAGGCUACUUUCGAAGCUUUGACUGGGUGA